UUUCAUUCCAGACUCUGAGCGCUAAGUCACACGAACCACAUAUAAAAUGCCACCACCCGCCAAAAAACAGCGCACGGGCGAACCCAGAUCCUCCUCCAUGUCGCCAGAGCUCAUGGAGCGAAUCGCCCAGGCAAAAGCCAGGGCUGCAAGUAGACAAAGCGAAGCGGUGCCCGCCACCGUGCUCAAAGCCAAGGGUCUCAACGUGGAGAUCCAUCCGCUCUUGCGGCCAAACGCACUGAUGACAAUAGACAAAGACUACAACCCAGUGCUCAACCCCGUGUUGCCCAUCGCCUCAGCAGCCGGCAAGACUGGACCGCGUGACAACUUUCAGUUUGGCGCCUUGAACCCGUAUCUCAACCAGGAAGACAUGAAAUACGCGGUAAAGUCGCGACGGAAGGAAAAGGGUUUGCAAUUCAAUGUCAAAGGAAAGUACAUUGCCAAGGCUGAGGAACUCAGGGCGCAAUUGAGGGAGGAGAGCGAAGCCAGAGCGCACCAGGAGCUUUUAAAGUCUCAGGGAUUGGUCGCAGACGAGUCUGUGGGGGAGAAUUUAUUUGUGCCAAAAAUGCCACCCAGAGUCGAGUGGUGGGAUGAGCCGUACCUCAAACAGCGGAGCUAUGGCUUCCAGAAUGAGACCGAUAUGCUCGAGAACUACAUUAUUCCGUACAGCGAGGACGCGGAGGAUCCGCCCAUCACCUUGUAUAUACAGCAUCCGGUGCCUAUGCCAGCCCCGUGGGAAACGGAGGCGCAGCCGGCAAAACUCUACUUGACUAAGAAGGAGUUGAAAAAGUUGCGGAAGAACAACCGGACAGAGUUGGACAGGGAGCGCCAGGACCGCAUCCGGCUCGGGUUGGAUCCGACGCCGAAGCCUAAAAUCAAGUUGAAAAACUUGAUGAAUGUUUUGACGAACGAGUCGAUCAAGGACCCAACCAUGAUUGAAAUGCAGGUCCAGAGCGAGAUUGAAGAGAGACGACUCACUCAUUUGAAGGAGAAUCAAGCGAGGCAUGCGCAAGCGCUAGAGACAAAGCUGGAGAAGUUGGCUGAAAAAAACCAGAAAGAGUUGGACAAAGGCAUCUUCAGCUGUGUGGUCCGCGUUGACCGCUUGGUCAACCCCCAACACCGGUUUAAGUUGAACAUUAACGCCAAACAGUUGAAGCUCCACGGGGUCAUGCUUGUGCACGAUGGGGCUCACGCAAAGCUGAGUCCCAGCAAUGCCGCGCUUGACGGGGACCAGGAGAAGCAGUUUUCGUUAGUGAUUGUCGAGGGGGCACAAAAGGCGAUCAACCACUUUAAAAAGUUGAUCAUGGGCCGUAUAGACUGGCAGGAGAAUGCCGUUGCCAAGCGGUUGCUCCAGGAGGGGGAGACUGAUCCUAUAGGGAUUGAGAUCGAGGAUCUUUCUCACAACAAGUGUCUGUUGAUCUGGGAGGGCCAGGUGAAGGACUUUCACUUCCAGAGAUGGUCCAGCGAGUGGUUCACCACCGACGCCAGUGCUAUCGAAGUUUUACAGCGCUUCCGGGUGGAGAACUACUGGCGUGAUGCCAAGAUGUAUGACAUGAGCAACGGCGAUUAAGACGAGAGCGAGAUUGAGCUUGAUUCAGAUUGCUCGUGAAGAAAAGCUUGAACCAGAUCAUAUUCAAGAGCGGGCGUUGACAGCGCAGAGUCUGAGCCUGCCAGACUAUUUCUUGUGUCCGGAAAUGUUGAUCAAAGCGGAAAGUUGAAACCCACGUGUGGUUGAUGAUCGAAGGUUGUGAGCAGGGAUCUUGUCAGAGAACUGAAAACGGGCGUGGUCAGUGCUGGUUUAACGCUUUGAGUAGAUAAAUAAUAUAUAUAUAUAUAGCAUUUUGGAGUUGAAAUUGAUAACGUGGUUGUGAUAAAAAUGCAUAUUUGUCC